AUGGAGCUAACCGAUAUUUUGGCACUUGUUGUUUCCCUUAUCCAGAGAGUGCUUGCUACAGCUAUUGGCUUUGCCGUUGCUGCCCAUGAAAAGUACCCUGAAUACACAAACAUUGUGUUUACCAUCAUUGCCGGGUACAUAGUUUACUCGUUACUUGUCAAAUCAGCAAAAGCAUGGAUUAGAUUUACAAUUAGUCUCAUGAAACUGGUCCUAGUUGUGGCAUUCAUUGUUCUAGCAUAUGCCAUAUCUGUCAGAGGUUGGGAGACUUUUUACAACUUUGACAUUCCCCGCAUCCAAGGGUUUGCAUCAAUGUUUUACAAGAUUGGCAAAACUACAAUGGGAACAUUUGCGAAAGGACAGGAACAAAGCUAUCAAGAGUAUUGGAAAGCUGCAGAGGAAGCAACUAGUGGAGGGAAAACAGGCAACCCAAUCAUUGACGAGGGACUAGAUUACUUGCGGGAAAAUCUUGGCAGUGAUACGAUCGACCAGGGGAUUGAGUACUUGAAGGACAAGAUUGACCUCAAUGAUGUCCAGAAUCUACUACGUAUGGUGAAUCGUUAA